AUCAGGUAUUGCAAUGCUAAUUCAUAACAAAGACAAUAUCGAACUCGUCACUGCAUUCCCUGGUUUAUUGGGACACCCUGGAAAUUCAACGGUUGAAUGUUAUUGUUCUCGAGUUCUCAGAUCACACUCUACAGAUCAUAGGAUGCUCCGGGAUAAGGUUGGAGUAGGAAGACGGGGGCGGAGCGGAGAGAAUGAGAGAACCAUCUCUAAAGGACCGGACGGAACUCAGUUCCGGAGAAACCGUGGAACGGAAACGUUCAGCUCACACCAGAGUUUGGUCGAGCUGAGAAGGUUAAGAGGAGAGGGUUUAAACCAAUAUACUUGGCAUAAAAGUGAACCAAGACUUAUCAAAGACGAAACUAGAGAAUUCCGUUCUCUCUGGGGUUGGAGCAGACCCGGAGACCGGAGCAGGACGGGUUCAGGACAAAUGAGCGAUUCAAGUGAAGGAACCAGAGCAAAGAUUAUUUUGGCUCUCUCAGGAUUCAGGAGAAAGGUUCGGAAAAGAAUAGAUCUAGAUUCAGGAUUGUUCACGCCUGGUUCCGGUCCCGACAGGAGCAAUAAAAAUGGACGGGAUCAAUACUUAUCAGGAUCGAUGGAGCGUGGUCUUGUUUUCCCUCAGUAUAGGAAAGAAGGGAAGGAAGAUGGAGAUUUUCAAUACAAGGAUAACUGGAAAUCCUCUCUAAUGGCUUCUCUACCACCAAGGUAUAGCAGGGAUCAUGCGAUGUAUCAUUGGGAGGAUAAGAAGGGAUGGGAGUCUAAUUCGGGUAUAGAUAAGAACAGGAUAGACCAGGAGACCAGGGAUAGGAUGGAAGAGAACAUGCGAUCAAUGGAGGGGGAUGAACUUGAAAUUUUAUUUCUUGGAAAACAAAAAAAUGACGUAAACCCGGGGAAAGAAGAGAAUAUUAACUGGAGUUUAAGGAAACCUGGAGACCCAGAGCCUAAUGUUAGACAGGACCCGGAGACAGAUAAACAGGAAAGCCCUGAACACCUAGAGCAAACAGAACCAAGAAGCAGAGAAAACAUUUCUGAUAGAGACUUAAGAUCAUUGUUGGACGGAGAAGGGUUCAGUUCUUCUCUAAGGUUGAGACCAGAACAAUGGAAAACAUCUUUAACUAGUUCUAGAAGUAUGGAUAAUCACAGUGAGAUCAAAACACAAUCUACCAAGAGGAGACCCCAGAGAACAUUUGCCGCAUUGUCUACACUAGAGAGACAGAUUACAGAGCGGAGCAGGAAAAAGCGAUUGAGUAUCCAGGACGAAGAGGAUAGGUUCAGUUUCUCCGGAGUAGAUGAGAAUAGAGAAGAGGAUGAAGAUACAAUUGUACAUGGAGUUAACAUGAGGAGGGGUUCAAGGGAUCAUAUUUCUAGUCGGAGAAGAAAUAAAUCGUGUGUAGAAAUCAGGGAUUUGAGUUCGUCUAGGUCUGAGAGGUUUAGCUCUCUAGAUACUAGAACUAGCAGGGUUAGUUCUCUAGAUACAAGAACUAGUAGAUCUAGCUCUCAAGGUACCCGGAGUAAAAUAGUUAGCUCUCAAGGUCUGAGGACAAGCCGGGAUGAUUAUCAAGAUGUAAGAACGAGUAGGAGUGGUUCUAAUGAUGCUAGGAUGGAUACAGAAAGAGUUAGAGAAAAAACAGGAGAAGAAAAGUGCACCUGUAUUGGCAAGCAAAAUAAUUACAGGAGAAAACAAUUAGGACAGAAGAACAUAUCAACUCCAAAUCAGUGCGGGACAGGACGAGGGGAGGGCCAGGACGAACAGGGGGAGUAUUUAUUUGAUGAGAGGACAUCUCGUCCGCAUAGCGAAGGACGAGUUUCAACUCAGAGAUUGAACAGAAUAGCAACAUCUCACCAUCUUCCCAGGUAUGUUCAUAAUAGAGGAUCUCCUCUCCGAGCAAUUCUUCUCAGUCAUGAGUCCUCUCACCAGUUGCAGAACAAAUCUGGAGAAUCUCAACAGUUCCAGAGAAAAAAUGAAAAACUCAAAUCCCGACGUACAACAAUAACAGGAGACUGGACGGAGCUACAGAAGAUUGCUCAGAAGACGUAUAGUUCCGGGUUUACAAAUCAGUACAGAAAACAUAACGAUAACCAGGGACGGGAGAGAGGUUCCGUUGAAAACUUUCUUCCACUUCUUCUCCAAACUGUCUCUCCUCUCAAAUCCAUGUCACACUCCCCCAGCGAUCCAGGAAUCUGUAUGGAUUCAGGGGGAGAGGAUCUGGGCUCAGACCCUCAAGAGCUGAACCGUUGCAGUGAUUCGGCUCAUUCGUCUCCCUUCUCCUCAUCAUCAUCCUCAUCCUCAUCUUUCUCCUCAUGCUCUUCUCCAAACUCUUCCUCCGAACCUGGAAAAGAAGAAGCUGUGUCCAUGGCGUAUAUUGACGAGAGUAAAACCAUGCAUAGUUAUAUAGCCUCAAGAGGACAGAGAGAGUGUGAACUUGAUAUUUACGAGGUCCGACCUCCAUGCCUCAGGGUCACAAAGAAGAUUGUUGAGGUUGUCAGGGUUUAAGAAACUAAAUCGGGUAAACCCUCGUCGUCCAUGAUGACAUUUAAUAAUAAAAAAACAAGAUGAAGGUCGCUGUGGAUACUAAACUAUUUACGAUAUCAAAAACUGAAAGUUAAAACCCGCGAAGGCGAAAAAUUAGAAAAGAUGGGGUUUAAAAACCGAUAUUACGGAUAUUUUUGAUAUUACGGAUAAGAUAUUGAAUAUAAAGAUGCAACAAGAUGGAGGAUUAGAAACCAAGAUGUAGAAUGAGAAGUCAAGAUGAAGAAUAAGAAACAAGAUGGAGGAUAAAAAAUCAAGAUAAAGGAUGACAAAUCAUGAUGGAGAAUACAAAAUUAGGAUAAAGAACUGAUGAAAAAUAAAGAUGGAGGAUGACAAU